AUGAACUGCACCGACGCAGGUGCAGAAUGCCUUCGCAGUCGCCAGGCACGAGUUCAUAGGCCGCGGGUCUCUCGACUGGAAACAUUGACCCAAAGAUUGGCCAAGCUAGAAGAGGCAAGCAAUAAAGAGGCAGCAUACUUUCCAACAGCGCAUCACGCCGCUAGCAGUACAUCUUCGUCGCCUUCGGCCAGACUGCCAAGUAUUACUGGAGUGCUCAACGACAAGCAGAAACGAUAUCGAGCAUAUGACCCCAAUGAUAUGGCUCCCCUGCAGCCACCACUAAGUAAGCACCGCAAGUCUCAGACUGUGGCGCAACAAAAUGUCCAUCAGGCACACUCUCCUAGCUCAACACAUCAUGCUAGUGAGGCUAGAGAGUAUAUUGAGCAUGAACUCCAAUGCAAUCCUGCUCUGUCGAAGGAUAAACGCACUGCACUUGAAUCGGCACGCAAGUUCGUCAGUCAGCUGUCCAAUCCUACUCUAAAUUGGGAGGAGACCGCAGCUAUUCAUGAUAUGGAUGUUCAAGAAAACCUAGAGCCCCCUACCCUCGCACCGGAAUUGCUCUAUAUGAUGUUACCCGGACCCGAUAAGAAAACAAACUCCCAGGGAAUAGUCAACUGGCCUGAUCACAUUUCCGACAAAGUCUUAGAACAAAUGGGGCUUGCAAUUAUUGAAUGCGCAGAAUGUGAGCAAGUGCUCCAGCAUUACCGACUUAUUGUCUGGGUGAAAGCCAUGAGUUUUAUAUCAAACAUGGGCCCUCUCAUUACGAGCGAACCUUUGAGGGAUCAUUUUCGGUCACUCAAAAAGAGGUAUGAAGCCGAUGCUAUAGAAAUUUUGAAUCAAAUUCCGCUGGCAGCUGAACCUAGCCUUCUUUUGCUUCAAUCGGUUUUGUCUGCAACCCGCUUGAUGCAAUAUUUAGGAAACAUGACACGCUGCUGGAUGUUGACAGCACUAGCCUCGAGAAUGAUCGUCUCCUUAAACUAUCACAACAUCACAGAUGUCAGUCCUCGAACCCAGACAGAGGAAAAUAUCCAUGCCUGUGUGUUCUUGUGCUAUUACUUUGACAAAACCCUCAGCCUGCUGCUCCUCCGACCACCGUCUCUGCCGGAUCUGAAAGCUAAACCAACCCAGUUGAUCCACAUCAACCCUGAUCUACCGACAUCUACCAUGAUAAUAGGCGUAGUCGAGUAUUCAGAGUUGAAGAACACUCUACUGAACAUCUUACUUGAUCCUAAGGCAACAGGAGACACAGAGAAGGCCAAUAUACUGUCUGAUCUUGUGGCGCGGGCACACAUAAUCCACUCCAAUAUGCAAAUGUUUCGUCGUCGCCAAGAACAACAAUUUACACAAUCAUGGAGCCAUCUGCGGCGCGAAUGGCUAUCAAUGGACUUCAACUACUACUCUCUUCUCACCACAAUCAUCCAAGCCCGCUCCUCGGUACUCAAGUCCCGCUUGGUCUGUGAGAACUGUCUAUACACGGCCCGGGAAGCCCUCACCACUCUCCGAGCUUUACAGGAAGCAUUCUCAAGCCGCAUCAAUUCUAUCGACUCAUACCCAUACUUUCUUACCUGGUAUGAUAUAAACAUUCCCAAGCAAUCUCUCAAUAUCUUAGUCGAAACUAAUCACCCUUUCAAUAGGACAAUGCUGCUAUUCCCUCUAGCACCGUUUUUUGUCCUGUUUUGCAACGUGAUCGCAACAUCAAAUGAGAGAGACUUUAAUAUGAUCAAGAACAUCACCGACGAUCUACAUCAAUUCGCAGAGGCGAAUGCCUCCAUUGGCAAACUGUACAAGCUAUUCUCCAAAUUCCUGGACUUGUGUGUACCUCUGGUUAAAGGGAAUACAGAACCAUCCAGUUCAGAACGGCCAGCAGCUGCACUCUCUGAUACGAACGCGGCUAGAAACACAGAGGCCCAGAUGGCAUCAUCCUGCACAGGCAUAUUUGGCCGCCCUGCCGGUGCCGAUCAGGCUUUGGUCAGUUUUGGGGUUGCAGAUUCCAUUGGAGGAGGUCCUACUAUACCGCCAUCUGUGGGGGGAUGGGAUGACAGUCUUGUGUGGGAACUGUUCGACAAUCAGCCCUCGUUGGGAUGGGCAGAGUCGGAACUGUGGAAUGUGAUGACGCAAUUCGAUGUGUGA